AUGAUGAAAUUCUUGGUUCUUUUUGCCUUGUUGGCUGUUAGCACUGCCUCUGCUGGUUUUGUGCCAUAUACUUGUGGACCACAUGCUUGUGGUUACGGUAACUCUUGUAUCUAUGAUGGUUACAUUUUCGGUUGUUUCCAUCGUUGUGAAUAUGUUGAAAUCGCUCAAUCAGUUGUCAACCAAUGGAAUGAUAAUGGUGUAGACUAUGUUCAAGUUGAUGUCACUGUCACCAACCAUGGUCCAUUUAAUGUCAACAAUAUUCUCAUUGGUUAUGAUGAUACUUUUAAGCCACGUGAUUCGUCUGCCGUCUGGAGAGCCGUUCAAUUGAAGAAUGGCCUUACCUUGCCAACCUACUCUGCACCCCUUGCUGUUGGUCAAUCUACCCACUUUGGUUACAUUAGCAUUGGAAAGGCUGCUUCUCACCUCUAUGUCAAGAAUAUUGCUCUUAUGCAUUAA